AUGGGCAGAUCAGAAAGUCAGAUGGAUAUAACUGAUAUCAACACACCAAAGCCAAAGAAGAAACAGAGAUGGACCCCACUGGAGAUCAGUCUCUCCGUCCUGGUCCUGCUGCUCACCAUCAUUGCAGUGACGAUGAUAGCUCUCUAUGCAACCUACGAUGAUGGUAUUUGCAAGUCAUCAGAGUGCAUAAAAUCAGCCGCUCGACUGAUCCAGAACAUGGAUGCCACUGUUGAGCCUUGUGCAGACUUUUUCAAAUAUGCUUGUGGAGGCUGGUUGAAACGCAACGUCAUUCCUGAGACCAGCUCUCGUUACAGUAACUUUGACAUUUUAAGAGAUGAAUUAGAAGUCGUCUUGAAAGAUGCCCUUCAGGAAUCCCAACCUGAAGAUGUAACAGCGGUGCAGAAAGCAAAGACGCUGUAUAGAUCUUGUAUAAAUGAGACUGCUAUUGAGAGCCGAGGCGGAGAACCUCUACUCAGACUAUUGCCAGAUAUUUACGACUGGCCGGUGGCGCUGGACAACUGGGAGCAAAAAUAUGGUUCUUCUUGGACAGCUGAGAAAUCUAUUGCACAACUGAAUUCUAAAUAUGGGAAAAAAGUCAUUAUUAAUCUUUUUGUUGGCACUGAUGAUAAAAACUCUACGAAUCAUAUAAUUCAUAUUGACCAACCUCAACUUGGCCUGCCUUCCAGAGACUACUAUGAAUGCACUGCAGCAUAUAAAGAGGCUUGUACGGCAUAUGUGGAUUUUAUGAUUUCUGUGGCCAAAUUGAUUCGUCAGGAAAGAGGACUGCCUAUAGAUGAAAACCAGCUUUCUUUGGAAAUGAAUAAAGUUAUGGAUUUGGAAAAAGAAAUUGCCAAUGCUACAACUAAAUCUGAAGAUCGAAAUGAUCCAAUGCUUCUUUAUAACAAAAUGACAUUAGCUGAGAUCCAAAAUAAAUUUUCGCUGGAAUUCAAUGGGAAGCCAUUCAGCUGGUCAAAUUUCACAAAUGAAAUCAUGUCAACUGUGAAUAUUAAUAUUCCACAUGAGGAAGAAGUGAUUGUUUAUGCUCCAGAGUAUUUAACCAAUCUUAAGCUCAUUCUUGCCAAAUAUUCUGCCAGAGAUCUUCAAAAUUUAAUGUCCUGGCGGUUCAUAAUGGAUCUUGUAAGCAGCCUCAGCCGAAACUACAAGGAGUCCAGAAAUGCUUUCCGCAAGGCUCUUUAUGGCACAACAUCAGAAACAGCAACUUGGAGACGCUGUGCAAACUAUGUCAAUGGGAAUAUGGAAAAUGCCGUGGGAAGGCUCUAUGUGGAAGCAGCAUUUCCUGGAGAUAGUAAACAUGUGGUUGAGGAUUUAAUUGCCCAGAUCCGGGAGGUUUUUGUUCAGACUUUAGAUGACCUAACUUGGAUGGAUGCUGAAACAAAAAAGAAAGCUGAGGAAAAGGCCUUAGCAAUUAAAGAAAGGAUUGGCUAUCCUGAUGACAUUAUUUCAAAUGACGACAAACUGAAUAAUGAGUACCUUGAGUUGAGCUACCAGGAAGAAGAAUACUUUGAGAACAUACUUCAAAACCUGAAGUUUGGCCAAAAUAGACAACUAAAGAAGCUUCGAGAAAAGGUGGACAAGGAUGAGUGGAUAAGCGGAGCAGCUGUAGUCAAUGCAUUUUACUCUUCAGGCAGAAAUCAGAUAGUCUUCCCAGCUGGCAUUCUGCAGCCACCCUUCUUCAGUGCCCAGCAGCCUAAGUCACUGAACUAUGGGGGCAUUGGCAUGGUCAUAGGACACGAAAUCACCCAUGGCUUCGAUGACAAUGGCAGAAAUUUUAACAAGGAUGGAGACCUCGUUGACUGGUGGACUCAACAGUCUGCAAAUAAUUUUAAAGACUUAUCCCAGUGCAUGGUGUACCAGUACGGGAACUUCUCCUGGGACCUAGCAAAUGGACAGCAUCUCAAUGGAAUUAAUACCCUGGGAGAAAACAUUGCUGAUAAUGGUGGUAUUGGCCAAGCAUACAGAGCCUAUCAAAACUAUGUUAAAAAGAAUGGUGAAGAAAAAUUACUUCCUGGACUUGACCUAAAUCACAGACAACUGUUCUUCUUGAAUUUUGCCCAGGUGUGGUGUGGAACCUACAGGACGGAGUAUGCACUCAACUCCAUUAAAACAGAUGUGCACAGUCCAGGCAAUUUCAGGAUUAUUGGGACUUUGCAGAACUCUCCUCAGUUUUCAGAAGCCUUCCAUUGUCGCAAGAAUUCAUACAUGAAUCCAGAAAAGAAAUGCCGUGUUUGGUAA